UUAUGAGGGUUGUGUGAAUUUGGGUGGAUUUUGUAACAAUGGACAGCAACAUAGAUUAAAAAAAGUGAUAAUUAUUUAUUCAUUUAUAUUCACAGAGAAAAAACACUAAAGAAAAAGCCAAAAGUAUAACUAUACAACAUUAGGUUACAAUUUUGGAGGACUCACACAGGACGCUAACAUUACAGACAUAAUGAAUCUAAUGGAUGGUAUAUAUUGCUCUAGGUCAGGGGUGCUCAGAGUUGGUCCUCGGUGGCUGCUGUCCUGCAGAUUUUCCAAUAUUUCCUGCUUCAACACACCUGACUCAAAUGAAAUAGAUCCAACAGCCUAUUAAGUUUUGUACAAUGAUGUUUUGGAGCAGGGACACAUCAAAAACCUGCAGGAUUAUGGCCCUUGAGGACCAGAUCUGGGGACCCCUGCUCUAGAUCAUCCUUUCUCUAACUGUGAGGAGUUAGCUCUGCAGUAUCAACUAUGUCAGUAAAACAGAAAUUCUUUUUUUUAACAUACAAAAUACGCACAUAAGUAACUUUACUGAAACUCAGUAUGCAAGGUAUACAUGUUGAGUGUGGCAUUACUACAUCCACUUAAGAAAAGGGUUGGCAAAAUUUUUCCACUGCUGCUAAUUUUAUUGUAUGUACACAUAGUCACUGGUCACUCACUCUCAGCAGGACUGCAAUAGAAAAAAUGCUGAAUAAUUCCAGUAAUUUAUGAACUAAAGUUCAGACAUGCCACAGAAGAAGGAGUACAGUUAUAAAUACUAUGAUUAAAGAUGGCUGGAUUCGAUUUAGCUGCUGUAUUUUCAGACUGUUGCCUUGCUGUUACAUUGUUAUGGUCUACUAGAAAAGAACUGAGCUAGUAUUAGUCUUCUUAUCACAUGAGGGUAAUCUUUGAUCUAAAUCCCUGCUGGGAAGCACUUUUUGUUUUCUUUCUCCCAACAUAUUGAAAUUAUAUCAUGUUCUCAUUAGAGCAGUCAGUUAUCUCACGAAACUAAUAAGUCACCCAACCUAAAAAAAAAACAAAAAGGUGAAACAUAUGUUACUUUAGAUUGUCUUUCAUCGUUAAUUCACUUGGCUCACUGACACCUCACAUCAGUCAAAAACACUGGAGAGAUUUCGUCAGUCACCCUGCGUCAUUUCCUGCCAUCGGGCCUUGUGUUCGAGCUGUUUUUGUGGAAGUGGGAUGUCACUGUGUGCCAAAGGUUCAUCAAAGGAUACCAGAGAUAACGAUAACAUUUAUGGCUUUUAUGACUGAGUAACGCCUCAAGAGAGGAAAUGAUAAGGACAGGGCGUCCUGUCAGAAGUGGGAAAUGGUGAAAACUGCUUACUUCAGUCACACAUACAAGGUUAUUAUUUUCAUUAGCCUGCUUGGACUCUAACUUGAGCACUAUCCUCUGAAUGGUCUCUUAUGAAUGUAUCUUGUUUAAAUCAGUCUCCAUUUGUGACUGACUGUCUCUGGAACGUUCUGCCUUCCAUUGAAUUUCUUCAUAGCUUUGCCUUUGUUGACAUUUUAGUUAUGGCUCCUUGUCUCUUGGGCCUAAUUCCUAGAACAUAUGAUGGCUCUUGAGCUGACCUGUGUGCAGUACUUCCUCCUUCCUUUUCCAUUACUCUGGCAAUGACAGAGUUCACACACCCAGUGAACAGAAUCACCUCUAUUUAACCGAGACAUUUGGCUCAGACACAUAAACCCCUGCAACGCUGAUUGUCCCUGUGACUUAUCAUCUCUGCUCGCUCCAGUCAUGAAUGGUAUCCAGCUGUGCAUCACAUCAAUGUUCUUUAUUACUUUAGUCUUCUCUGAUCCAAACAUGAACCACAUCAGAGUUUUCCCAGCAGUGGACCAAAGCAUAGCUGGAGUAAUCCAAGUUAGCUCUUUGAACAGCCAGAACCAGCUACAGUAUGCUUUCAAUGCUUCUGAAGCCCGGACUCUCUGCCAGUCCCUUGGACUCAACAUUGCCUCAAAAGCACAAGUAGAGGAAGCCCUCAGGAGAGGUUUGGAAACAUGCAGGUUUGGAUGGAUUGAUGAACAUUUUGCUGUCAUUCCUCGCAUUCAUGCACUGGCCAAUUGUGGAAAUAAUCAGAUUGGAUUGGUGUCAUGGAGAACCCCUGUAACAAAGAAGUUUGAUGUGUUUUGCUUCAAUGAAUCAGAUUCAGCGACACAAUUGAAGGAUACAGCAACUGAUAGCCCAUUGAGCAGCAGGUUUCACACAAAUCCUCCUUUCAAGGCAACAGACUCUAUCCUUACAACACAUCUGUUAGCAUCUACCUCCUCCUCUCUUCCGUCUUCCUUCUCAACUCCAAAAAUCAUGACCAAUGAAGUAGAACCAGCCUACCUUGUGGGCACUGCACAUAGCUCUUUAAAAGCAAGGACAGUGCUCAUCAGCUGUACCUGUAGCCUUCUCCUGAUUUCCUUAGCCACCCUUGCAUACCUAAAAAUGAGAAGAUGUUCCUCUCUGAGGGGUGACCUGAGGCAGCAGCAAGAGUACAUCUAUAAAGAAACAUGUGUGACGAAUACAGAAGCCAAGAAGACCACUCAGGAUGAUGAGAGGGUGGAAAUGGGAGGCAAAGAACAUUAAAUAUAUUCCAUGAAAAAGCUACUAGACAAGAUUUUUUUUUAUACAGCUUGAUCUGUGUGAAAGUAAUGCAACUGAAUGGCUAAUAAGUUAAUCUUUUUUGUGUAUAUCUUUUUCUUAUUUUCAGUUGUUUUAUAUCUCGCAAUGGUGCAGUUUAGCCACUAGAUGGCAAUGUUUUCAAUGCAAACAUUUUGAAGGCUGCUAGCUUUUUAUUUUGUCAUAACAUUGUUGUGGUGUUUCAGAU